UGCGGGCAGAGCCUGGGCAGCUGAGAUCCGAGGGCCCUGCUGUCCCACAGGGUGGAAACACCAUGCCUUCACCAGCCAGGACACCAGACAUUGCCAGAAGCCCCGCAGGGCUGGCUGCAGCAACUCCCUGACCCUCGUGAAAGCCCAGGCUGGCCAGCAACACUUGUCCCCAACAGCCAUGCAUGCCAGCUGCUGCUCCAGGCAUCCCCCAUCCCCAGGCCCAAGAUGACACCCAACAGCACCAGGGAAGUGCCCAGCCCCAUUCCCGUGGGGGCCUUGGGGCUCUCCCUAGCUCUGGCAAGCCUCAUCGUCACUGCCAACCUGCUCCUGGCCCUGGGCAUUGCCAGGGACCGCCACCUGCGCAGUCCGCCUGCUGGCUGCUUCUUCCUGAGCCUGCUGCUGGCCGGGCUGCUCACAGGGCUGGCGCUGCCCGCCCUGCCAGGCCUAUGGAGCCAGAGCCGCCGGGGCUACUGGUCCUGCCUCUUCCUCUUCUUGGCUCCCAACUUCUCCUUCCUCUCCCUGCUUGCCAACCUCCUGCUGGUGCACGGGGAGCGCUACAUGGCAGUGCUGCGGCCUCUCCAGCCCCGUGGGAGCACUCGGCUGGCUCUGCUCCUCACCUGGGCUGGCCCCCUGCUCUUUGCCAGCCUGCCCGCUCUGGGGUGGAACCACUGGGUUCCUGGUACCAACUGCAGCUCCCAGGCUGUCUUCCCAGCUCCCUACCUCUACCUUGAAGUCUACGGGCUCCUGAUGCCUGCCGUGGGGGCUGCCGCCCUUCUCUCUGCCCGUGUGUUGGCCACCGCCCACCGCCAGCUGCAGGACAUCCGCCGGCUGGAGCGGGCUGUGUGCCGUGGUGCACCCUCAGCCCUGGCCCGGGCCCUUACCUGGAGGCAGGCGAGGGCGCACGCCGGGGCCACCUUGGUCUUUGGGCUGUGCUGGGGGCCCUACGUGGCUACCCUGCUCCUCUCAGUCCUGGCCUAUGAGCAGCGCCCACCCCUGGGGCCUGGAACUCUGUUGUCCCUCAUCUCACUGGGCAGCGCCAGUGCGGCGGCCGUGCCUGUGGCCAUGGGACUCGGGGAUCAGCGCUACACAGCCCCCUGGAGGGCAGCCGCAGGAAGGUGGCUACGGGUGCUUCGGCGAAGAGCCUCCCAGGGCAAUCCUGACGCCAGCACCACCUACCACACCAGCAGCCAAAGCAGCGUGGACCUCGACUUGAACUAGACAAAGGGCCUCUGCUCACUCCUACUAGAAGCAGCCCUCCAUCUUGGCCACCAAGUCCAUCUCCACUUGUCCCUACAGGACCCCACCCUGACCAAAUAAAGCUCUUCUGGCCCAGCU